AUGAUAGCAUGGGACUUUAACGAAAAGUUAGGAUCAAGCUCUGGUGCUGAUGCUGCUGCGGCUGUUAUAUUACUCCCCACGGUAGUAAUGUUGCUGUUAAUAGCUAUAAGGAUGCGUGUUGAUACUCAGAUUCACCUGUCGCAGCCUAUAGUGUGCGUGUGUGCAUUGCAGGAGGAAAUAAGGAAACAAAUGAAAUUAAAACCCUACAUGGAUUUGGGCAAGGAAGAGUUUCUGGCUUUUGCACCAGACACCGAAGAAACAAGGUCAAUGAUUAACAUAAUAUCGGUUAAAUUUCCCCUCUUGAAGAAUGUUUCUAGAGUUUACAAAGAUGAACAGGAGCUGGAAACCUAUAUAGGCUCAGAUCUCUAUGGUAUCGGCAAUCAAAUAAUGUAA